ACACACACACACACACACACACACACACAUAUAUAUCUUAAUUUGUCAAUCAUCUUGUUUGCUUAAUGGAAUUAGGCAGCAUUCUCCAGUUCUUGGAACACAGGUCCAUUCUUGUCACUGGAGCCACUGGCUUUCUUGCAAAGAUUUUUACUGAGAAGAUUUUGAGAGUGCAACCAAAUGUCAAGAAACUAUAUCUUCUCUUGAGGGCUUCAGACACACACUUAGCCAUGCUACGUUUCAAUAACGAGAUUCUUGAAAAGGAGUUAUUCAAAGUUCUGAAAGAGAAAAAUGGGGCAAAUCUAAGUACCCUAAUUGAAGAAAAGGUCAAAGUUGUCGCAGGAGAUAUAACCUUUGAGAAAUUGGGAGUGAAGGAUUUGUCUUUGUGGGAGGAAAUGUUAACUGAAAUUGAUGUUGUGGUUAAUCUUGCUGCAACCACAAAUUUUGAUGAAAGAUAUGAUGUCUCACUUGGAACAAACACACUUGGAACCAAGCAUGUAUUGAACUUCUCCAAAAAAUUGAAGAAAUUGAAGAUUUUGGUACACGUAUCAACCGCUUAUGUAUACGGUGAAAGAGAGGGGUUGAUAUUAGAAACGCCAUGUGUAAUGGGAGAGACACUGAAUGGAACACAUGGACUCGACAUCGAUGCAGAGAAGGAAUUGGUAGAGGAAACACUAAAACAGUUCAAGGUUGAUAAUCUUGAUGAAGACUCCGUCAAAUCAGCCAUGAAAGACUUGGGACUUCUAAGAGCAAGGAAGUUUGGAUGGCCAAAUACUUAUGUAUUCACCAAAGCUAUGGGAGAGAUGUUGUUGGGACAAUCGAAAGAAAAUAUACCUCUUCUAAUAAUUCGUCCCACAAUUGUGACUAGCACUUACAAAGAGCCUUUCCCGGGUUGGGUCGAAGGUGUCAGGACUAUUGACAGUUUAGCUGUGGAAUAUGGAAAGGGAAAAAUCACUUGUUUUCUCGGAGAUCUCACAAGUGUAGUUGAUGUGAUUCCGGCGGACAUGGUGGUAAAUGCAAUCAUCGUGGCUAUGGUGGCUCAUGCGGACCAAGCCAAUGAGAGCGUCUACCACGUCGGAUCGUCGAUGUCGAACCCGGUCAAGUCCGCAUGGCUACAGAGCUACGGCCAACGACACUUCACCUCGCACCCUUGGAUCGACAGUAAUGGUAGCCCUGUCGUCGUCGGAAAUGUCACCGUUUUCAACACGAUGAAGAGUUUCCAAAGAUACAUGACACUUCGUUAUUUACUUCCUUUAAAGGGUCUGCAAAUACUGAACACGGCUUGCUGCCAGUAUUUCCAAAAAAGGUACCUAGAGCAAAGCAGAAAGAUCAAGUUCGUGCUGCGAUUGAUCGAUCUCUACGCGCCUUACUUGUUCUUCAAAGCUUUCUACGAUGACAUGAACACAGAGAAACUCCGAAGAGCAGUAGACGAGAGCGGUUUGGAGACGGAGAUGUUCUAUUUCGACCCCAAAAUCAUAAACUGGGAUGAUUAUUUCAUGAACACUCACAUUCCCGGAAUAGUGAAACGAGUAUUCAAAAACUGACAAGAAUAUUCGGAAUUCUGAUAAAUAUUUAUCUAUAUAUUCGUCGGAAUUCUGAUAAAUAUUAUCUAUAUAUUCGUCAAAUUAUUUGGGGUCUGUUUAGUUUCCUUGUUCUUGAGAUAACAAGGAAACUAAACAAGCCCUUAGUAUUAAAUUUAUCUGUAUUACUUCUUGAAUGUAACAAUUUAUAAUUUGUGCUAAAUGUAUGAAGUUAGUGUGUUUCAACUUUA